GUGAUUGCUUUAUAUCAAUUCGCGCCCUGUAUGACGUGAGAUGAGGUCGUUAUCAUUCAUCGGGAAAAUCCCAAACCAGGCCAACGGAAACUGGGUCUAGUGUGAUUAAUUCCUAACCAUUCUCUCAUUCUCGCACCGUAGCGUAGAAGAAGUGCAACGAAAUGCGAGAACGAAACGAAACCAGAUCAUUUUACCCAUCGAUGAUCGAUGAUUGACAGAGCCGAAGACACAAGGUGGGCUCGCACGCGUGAGUGACAAGUGUAGUACCGCAGUGCGCGUCGUAGUGCGUGGUGCAAAGUGUCGGCGGUGCUUUUUCUCGCUUUUCGCGGGAAGAAAAAAUUGAAAAUAGAAAUUUUGUUAGUAAAUUAAAUCACGCUCGUAAAAAGGUGUUUAAAAGAAAAAAAAAGAAGAAGUGUUCGUGGUGAAUCGAUUCGAUUCUGUGACGAAGCCUCUGUUUGCCCAAGUUGCGUUGUUUAAUCGGUGUGGCAGUUCUGUGCGUUUUGGUGUAUUUGUGUGUGUGUGUGCGCGUGUGCGCUGUGUAAGUGCGUGUAAGAUCCCCGAGCUGGUUAAUCAUGAAAUCAUCCAUGGCCAUUACGAAAAGUGCGGCAUUUCGGUUCAUGCUGCUUUUGCAUUUAUUUUUGAAAGUGAAAAUGUGUGUCGGCUUCGUCGAUGCGCUGGCAGCCGGUGACAGUGACAUUAAUUAUGAGGACAGUGACGAGUGGCUGGUAGGGGCUGGUGGUGGUGGUGGUGACGCAGGAGCAAGAGGCAAAGAAGGAGCCGUCUGGGUACCGGGACGGUUCGUCCCAACCACCAGCGUACCGGUGCCGAGCAAUUUAAUGCGCUGGGAGGGCCCUGGCCAUACCGCCCGGUCCCGUAUGCAUCACGUUCGGCAUGAGCAGCAUUACUUGAAACAUCGGCCAAUAAAGGUGCCAAACAAGGUGGAUUCGACGAUGGUGGCCCAGGAUCUGGUACCGCACCAGGCGCAUACCGUGACCGCGUCGCAAUUUCAGGAAAACCCAAUCCAAUACAGUCAACAGCAUAAUCAUCAUCAUCAUCAUCACCACCACCACCAACACCAGCAUCCAAAGCAUCAGGUGCAGGCGCAUCCUUCCAAACAUGAUCGGAAGAUGGAUGCCGACUCUACGGAAAAGGAAAUCAGCUUGGUAGAGCCACACAGACAAAGUGGAGUGCAUCGUGUUGCUUCACAAUCGGCCGAACGGAGAGCUAUGGUUGAGAAAGCAAAUGCAAAGAACAUUUGGAACAGUAUGAGUGAAGCGCGUGAAGUACAGGAUCGGACGGUAGUCUUCAACAGGAAGCGUUCAGCAUCUGCCUUUCACUCGUUGCUCUCAAAUGCGUUGACGGAUGAGGAACCGAGAAGCUCCAAGAAGUCAUCCGAACGGUCCGUAAGCCCGGGCAGCAAAAACUACUUCGAGGAGCUGCUGAACAACUACAAAAGUAACUCGCCCUACUACAAGGAGCUUCACCAGGCGCGAAGUCCUCAAACGAAAGCGUUACCACCGGGCAAACGAAAUCAGCGAAGUUCUGCCGAGGCAACAGCAAAAAGUGUUUCGAAACCGAAAGCACCACCGGCCAUCGAUGGUGACCUCGACUAUCUGUACGACGACGAGACGGAUGACAGCGUGCAAAAUGACGCUCCUUCUGGCGGCGCGAUGUCUAGUACGAGUACGAGAGCUCCAAGUACCACCACCACCGUGAGGACUACGACUACGACGUCUACUACCACCGCCAGCAGCAUCCCGUCCUCGGAUGAAUCCGACGAGUCGGGUGCGAACGAAUCGCGCGACGGUGCGGACUCUGAGGCGGACACCAGCUACAGUACGUACUACCAGAAAGCGUACGCAAUGCCCUCGAACCCACGAAGAAACGGCAACAAUCGGUACAACAGUAUUGCAAGGCCACCGACACCGGUGCAGCAUCAUCAGCAGCAGCAGCAGCCGCACUACAAGCGCGUCCACACCGACAGGAUCGAUCCGGCCAAACAAGUGAGCUAUCCCGGACGAUACGAAACGCUUACGGACUACAAGCAGGCAAAUUUUGGCUCCAAAGACGCCGUUGAACGGUCCUACAAUGCGUACAGUAACAUCCACAUCGCUAGAAGUGAAGCGAAGAAACAUAUCGAUCGGAUUACCACGGAAGGCAAGUGCCAGGUGCCCAAACCAAAAAUUAUUCCGGCAUCAAACGAUAGGUCGAAGGUAUUUACGCCCCACUGUACCAUUCUGCAUCGGUGCGAGGCCGAUACGGGGUGCUGUGCGCCCACCCAAACUUGCGCUCCCAAGAACACGAGUGAAGUUAAGCUGUUCUUCUAUGUGAGUAAUGACACCUACGUGAGUAACAUAGGACCUCGACAGCAGAGUACAAUAACAACCCUUACCUUCACCAACCAUACCGAGUGCCAUUGCGUGCAGUUGGAUUCGGCGUUUGGACAGCGGGGCAGUCGACCACAGGUACAGAACUCACUGGAAAACAGUGCGGAGGGUAGUGGCGGAUCUAGUGGUGGUGUUAGCAGCAUCAGCAGCAGUUGCACAUGUCCACACCAUUAUAAGCCUGUCAUCGACAACGAAUCACAGUGCUACUGUGACUGUCUGUCGAGUGAUCGGGACUGCAUUCGGUUUAAGGAGGGCUUCGAGAACUUUUCCAUGGAAACACGCAAAUGCAUCCGGAGUAAAAAGUGUAAUGUUCCGCGCUGUGAGUACGGCAUGUACAACCGAUACGAAGGAAGAUGUCCGAAGAAGAUUGAUCGAUUCAAUGAACAGUUCCCGCAGUACCGGUGAAGAGAACCUUGGUAAACCAUGGCAGAAACCGUGUCAGCAAGGAUAAACAACAAACACGCGUGGCAAGGGCGUAAAAAAGCUCGAGUCAAUCAGUUCGUACAACGUUACCAAACAUUGGAGCUAAAUUUUGUGCACGUCCGUACGUGUGUAGCAAAACCGAAUCAAGCCAUAGCGUGGCAAAAAGAUUUCCGUUCUUUUAUUUUCUUACUACCAUCUAGAGAACGUGUCUGUGGACGAGGUAGGGAAAAGCUUGAAGAUGUUUCCAUUUUCAGUGUAUUCCAGUUCCAAACGAGCCGGAAGAAAGGUGAAAAUAUAUUCCCGCAGGUGUAUUAUUGUGACCCUGUGUCCCCCUGCCAUGUUUAGCAAAUAUCAUAACCUAGCCUAAGUUGCUCAACCACAGCCCCCAAACCCUCAGACACACGCGUACACACACACAUUUUGUGAUUGUUCUUUAAGGAAACGUAACCGACAAUCUUGGAACCACUUGCCACGCGUAACGAGCUGCGUACUCUCCGUAUGGUUUUUUUUUUCGCACGAGAAAAAGAUUACACACCCCGUGUGCUGCGGCAGCUUUGCAAGGGAUUAUUGGGCGAUUUAGGAGCUACCUAUACGGUCGUACGUUAAAUCGCAUUCAAGGUAGUUGAGUUUAGUGUUAGCCGUGCUUUAGACGAGUAUGUGUACAUAACGCAAGAAGCUGAUUAGUACCCUAGCAAACGAGAGAGUUAGAGAGAAUUAUGUUCAUCUUCCAUUUUCUAUUUAAUCCUGUGCUCGUUAACGUUAAUCUGUUAGUUCACCACAAUUCAGAGAUCUAUCGUCGAUUGUUGAGCUGUUAACUGGACCACCAUCGCUUUCGCUACUUGCAUCAGCAACCAUCGAGCUUAUUCCAAUGCCCUCCGCCUCUGCUGUCCACCAAUCGAGGAAUCUAUUAGCUAUCCAACAACCAAUAGCAACAGUAAAUGUAUUGUACGUUCGAACUGCGAUGAUGGUGUGUCAUUAGGAACACGUGCGUUAAGCUUAGAAUGGCUAUUUAGAAUAGACAGCAAUGCGAAAUAUAUAAGAAGUGUUAGGGCCUUACGUUUUGCUGCUUCAAUUACACAUUAAGGAUAGAUGCUAGUCACUUAAGAUUGAUAGUAUUACUACUCUUAUACUUUACCACUACGUAUCGUAAGUACGAAUUGAAUUCUCUGUCCAGUACCGUAACCGGUAUAAAUGCAUUGCGCAAGAAGUCGAGGAUACUGUAACGGCAACAUCAAUCGACAGCAGCAAACAAGUUCAUUAAUCAUACGCACACGGCCAAAACCAUGAAGCCCUACUACAUAAGCUUGUUCCAUCUGAAUACUUGUACGCGCGCUCCUAGGUUUUAAUUACCGAAGGGUCCGAUUUCUUUAAUGAAGUAAUUUUUAAAAAUAAAUGAACAAUUGGAUCGCAC